AUGCCGUGGGACGCCCGGGGGCCCGGCGGAGCGGAGGGCGCCAGCGCGGCGCGCCUGCGGGCGCAGAAGCAGUGCCGCAAGUCGUCCUUCGCCUUCUACCAGGCGGUGCGCGACCUGCUGCCCGUGUGGCUGCUGGAGGACAUGCGCGCCAGCGAGGCCUUCCACUGGGACGAGCGCGGCCGGGCCGCCGCCUACUCGCCGUCCGAGGCGCUGCUCUACGCGCUGGUGCACGACCACCGGGCCUACGCGCACCACCUGCUGGCCGCCUGCCCGCGCCGCGCGCUGGCCCUGCCGGGCGCCGGCUUCCGCUGCUGCGCCGCGCCCGGGCCGCACGUGGCGCUGGCCGUGCGCUACGACCGCGUGGGCGUCCUGCGCCGCAUCCUGCGCGCCGUGCGCGACCUGCCGGCCGACGAGCGCGCGCGCCUGCUGGACCGGCGCGGCUGCGGCCGCGUGGAGGGCGGCGGCACGGCGCUGCACCUGGCCUGCGAGCUGGCGCGGCCCGAGUGCCUCUUCCUGCUGCUGGGCCACGGCGCCUCGCCCGGCCUGCGGGACGCCGGCGGCCUCACGCCGCUGCAGCUGCUGCUGCGCCAGCUGGGCCGCGACUCCGGGGCCGGGGAGGCGCUGCGCCAGCGCCGCCUGCUGCUGCUGGACCUGCUGGUGCUGUACGCGCCCGCCGACGCCCGCCUGGCCCGCGGCGAGCUGCUGGGCGACCGGCCGCGCUGGCGGCGGCUGCUGGGCGAGGACAAGUUCCAGUGGCUGGCCGGCCUGGCGCCGCCCUCGCUCUUCGUGCGCGCCAUGCAGGUGCUGGUCGCCGCCAUCUCGCCCGGCCGCUUCCCCGAGGCCCUGGAGGAGCUGCCGCUGCCGCCCUUCCUGCAGCCGCUGGACCUCACGGGCAAGGGCUAG